GGGCCGCGAGGAGCCUCCGCGCCGCCAGCAGAUCAUCCACAGCGGCCACUUCAUGGUGUCGUCGCCGCACCGGGAGCACCCGCCCAAGAAGGGCUACGAUUUCGACACGGUCAACAAACAGACGUGCCAGACCUACAGCUUCGGCAAGACCAGCUCCUGCCACCUGUCCAUCGACGCCUCGCUCACCAAGCUCUUCGAGUGCAUGACUUUGGCCUACAGUGGGAAGUUGGUGUCUCCAAAGUGGAAGAAUUUCAAGGGCCUGAAGCUACAGUGGAGAGACAAGAUCCGGCUCAAUAAUGCCAUCUGGCGGGCCUGGUACAUGCAGUAUCUGGAGAAGCGCAAGAAUCCUGUGUGCCACUUUGUGACGCCCCUAGACGGCUCUGUGGACGUAGAUGAGCACCGCCGGCCGGAGGCCAUCACCACGGAAGGGAAGUACUGGAAGAGCCGCAUCGAGAUUGUGAUCCGGGAGUAUCACAAGUGGAGAACCUACUUCAAGAAAAGGCUACAGCAGCACAAGGAUGAGGACCUCUCCAGCCUGGUCCAGGACGAUGACAUGCUAUAUUGGCACAAGCACGGGGAUGGAUGGAAGACCCCCGUCCCCAUGGAGGAGGACCCCCUGCUGGACACAGACAUGCUCAUGUCGGAAUUCAGCGACACCCUCUUCUCCACGCUUUCUUCACACCAGCCGGUGGCCUGGCCCAAUCCCCGGGAAAUAGCACAUCUGGGAAAUGCAGACAUGAUCCAGCCGGGACUGAUUCCUUUGCAGCCUAACCUGGACUUCAUGGACACCUUCGAGCCUUUCCAGGACCUCUUCUCUUCUAGCCGCUCCAUUUUUGGCUCCGUGCUACCUGCAUCUGCCUCAGCACCUGUACCAGAUCCCAACAACCCACCUGCACAGGAGAGCGUCCUGCAGACCACCGCCCUCCCCACUGUGAGCCUGCCUGACAGCCUCAUCGUGCCCCCCACCGCCCCGCCCCUGGCUCACGUGGACGGGCAGAGCUGUGAACACACCUCCCGGGCUGAGGACCCGUUUAUCCAGCCCACGGACUUCGGUCCCUCAGAGCCACCACUGAGUGUCCCACAGCCCUUCCUCCCCGUCUUCACCAUGCCCCUGCUGUCUCCCAGCCCCGCUCCACCACCUGUCUCCCCCGUGUUACCGUUAGUUCCUCCUCCUGCCACUGCCCUGAACCCCCCAGCUCCACCCACCUUCCACCAGCCACAGAAGUUUGCUGGAGUGAGCAAAGUGCCGUCUGUCAUCACCCACACGGCCUCCGCCACCCUCACCCAUGACGCCUCUGCCACCACCUUCAGCCAGAGUCAGGGCCUUGUGAUCACCACCCAUCACCCUGCCCCAUCAGCAGCCCCCUGUGGACUGGCACUGUCUCCUGUCCCCCGGCCUCCCCAGCCACGGUUAACUUUUGUGCACCCCAAACCUGUAUCCUUGACUGGGGGCAGGCCUAAGCAGCCCCACAAAAUAGUGCCUGCUCCCAAACCAGAGCCCGUGUCCUUGGUGUUGAAGAACACCUGCAUCACCCCAGCUGCCUUUUCAGGCCAACCACAAGCAGUGAUCAUGACGUCAGGGCCUCUGAAGAGAGAAGGGAUAUUGGCCUCCACGGUGUCCCAGUCCAACGUGGUCAUCGCACCUGCUGCCAUCGCCAGGGCUCCUGGGGUCCCGGAGUUCCACAGCAGCAUCCUGGUGACAGAUCUCGGCCAUGGCACGAACAGCCCGCCUGCCCCCAUCUCCCGUCUCUUCCCGAGCACAGCGCAAGACCCCCUGGGGAAGGGCGAGCAGGUCCAGCUGCAUGGGGGCAGCCCCCAGGUCACUGUCACAGGGCCCAGUCGGGACUGCCCAAACUCAGGGCAGGCCUCUCCAUGUGCAUCGGAGCAGAGCCCCAGUCCUCAGUCUCCCCAGAACAACUGCUCAGGGAAAUCCGACCCCAAAAAUGUGGCUGCACUAAAGCAGAACCGGCAGAUGAAGCACAUCUCAGCUGAGCAGAAAAGGCGCUUCAACAUCAAGAUGUGCUUCGACAUGCUCAACAGCCUCAUCUCCAACAAUUCCAAGCUGACCAGUCACGCCAUCACACUGCAGAAGACCGUGGAGUACAUCACCAAGCUGCAGCAGGAGAGGGGCCAGAUGCAGGAAGAGGCCCGGCGGCUUCGGGAGGAGAUCGAGGAGCUCAAUGCCACCAUCAUCUCCUGCCAGCAGCUGCUCCCUGCCACGGGAGUCCCCGUCACCCGGCGCCAGUUUGAUCACAUGAGAGACAUGUUUGACGAAUACGUGAAAAGCCGGACCUUGCAGAAUUGGAAGUUCUGGAUUUUCAGCAUAAUUAUCAAGCCGCUGUUUGAGUCAUUCAAGGGCAUGGUGUCCACCAGCAGCCUGGAGGAGCUGCACCGGACGGCGCUGUCCUGGCUGGACCAGCACUGCUCCCUGCCCAUCCUCAGGCCAAUGGUGUUGAACACGCUGCGGCAGCUGAGCACCUCCACCUCCAUCCUCACAGACCCGGCACAGCUGCCGGAGCAGGCAUCCAAGGCCGUCACCAGGAUCGGCAAAAGAUUGGGAGAGUCCUAGCUGCUUAGCUGGCAUGCAGCCGCAUGAGAUGCCAGGAGACCCUUCCCUGCUCAUGGAGAGUGGGCUGCGCCCCCCCAGCCCUUCCUGACGCUCAGCCUUGGGGCCGCUCUCCAACUCUGCUGGCCCACUGUGGCGUCGGGAGGCCAUGCUCAGGUCUGAAGCAGGUUCGGGGCCUGCUGACAGCAAUAGCCCGCCUUCGGGAACCCCUUGCUGUGAACUCUCUCACUCAGUGACCUCAGUCACCAACCUCUUCUGCCCUUGGGGCAGCCCAGACAAAAGGGAAGUGCUGGCCGUGCUGGUCCUGCCCUGCUGGUGGCCUGCCAGGCCUGGCGCCAGUGAGCAGAAGCGAUGGGAUGAGGGUGACAGGGCCUGCUCCUGUCCUGAGGCCCAGCCUUGUCCCUCCUGCCACGUCUUGUCUACAUGCAUGCCUCUGCCUGAUGCCCUGCUCCACUCUCUGGCCUGCCCGUGGGGCAGUCGGAAGGCAUCUUUCUUUCUCCCCUCAACUCUUGACAAUGCCUGGCCCUUGUGGAUGGACUUGGGCUUCUAUUCAGGCUUAUGCAUGGCAGGCUGCCAGGAGGAAGUGCCUUCUUCAGAGAGCCUCCAGGACACAUGUGUGCAGAAACGGUGGAUGUGGGACACACAGGACCAGAAUGGAAGUGUGUGAUGCACGGUGGCUGCUCUGGCUGAGAGGCCCUGCUGGGUGUGUUUCAUCAGUCCCCUUUUAGCUCCACCUGACGUUGCAGGAUCCACAGGGACUCAGCCUAGAACUUUCUCGAAUGUCACUUCACCCUUCUGCCAUUCUUCUCUACUUGUCUCCAGCUGCAGCUGUUGACAGGUCAAGCGUGACCAGUGGGAGCUUAGAACCCUGAAGUUCUAGUGUCCGAAAGAUCAGACUCCAUGUCUUGCUGUCAGCCUUGUCAUCUUGUCUGAUGUCUUUCAGCUGGGUUCCCCAAACCAGGACAGUUCUCAGACCAAGGAUGCCCCCACACUCAAAAGUCUGUCCUGUCUUGUGUUUGGAGAAGGAAACAGUGUUGGCGGGCAGCACUCUGCGGUGGUCAGCCCUCAGAGCUGUCUCUAGGCAUCUCUCAGAUCAGACAGCAAAGAAUCUACCCAGAUCAGGGCUGGGUGGAGGCGUGGCUGGGCUGGGAGCCAUUUUGAGCCUGCAGCGGGAGGUUGGCCCAGCCUCAGUCCUUGCCCUUUUCCGGCUACCUCUGCAGGGAGCUGCAGGGGCAGGCACUCUCUCCAGCACUCAGGAAGCCCGGCUGAGGGUACCUCUUCGUGGAAAGAACGCACUUUAAAGCUCUGCUGAGGGGUUCGGAGCCCAGGCUUUCAGGCGACUUCUGCCCUCUCUGCCUCUCUUCACCCUCCCUCUCUGCCUGCAGGGCCUGGGAAGGGCUUUGAGGGAGCCUGAGAGCCGUGUGAAGAGGGGCACCCCGGGCUGUCCCCAAAGUUUAGAUCCAGUUGGAGGUUCUCCCUGGCUCCUGCAGGCCUGCAGGGGUCUCUCCCCAGUUCAGGCCUCCGGCCAACCGCCUGCCCCCUUAUCUGUGCUUCAGCCUUGCACAAAAGCAGCUUGGUGACACCACUCAGCCACUCAGAGCAUGUGUUUACAGGCUUUCCAGAUCACCUUCCUUUGGGGUGAACAUAAGAUGAGGCUGGGCUGGUCCUUGGAAUUUCCCCUGGGAAAUGGUAACAGACUCCAUCCUUGACCCGGGGAUAAGCAUGAAGGCAAUGUCCCAAAGGCAGAGGCCACGGUGGUAGGAAUUCCACCAAGGCCAGAAGGGAAAAAGGAAGAGGCCACCGUGUCCAGCUGUGUGGGCCCUGGGGAGGGUCGUGAGUGCAGCCCCUCUCCACUUCCGUGCCUUUGUAAAACGUGUAGAUUAACCGCAGUGGUUGGCUGAGCCAAGAACUCUCCUAAGUCAGUGGCUUUCUCUCCACCCCUUGCUGGGGAUUCAUUCUUUUUAAACUCUGUGGGAUAUAAAAUUGGCCUCCUGCUGCUUCGGCCU